AUGUUUAUUUACAAUAUUUUGACAGUUUUAGGUUAUGUUUGCUAUUUUUGAGUCGUUUCUAAAAAAGAUUUCCAAAAAUGUUUAGAAAAACGAAAUUUUUGUGUUUGUUUAAAAAUAGAAACGCUAUAGAAAGGUUAUUUAACACCGAUCAAAAGUCAUUGGUACUCUUACACACGAUAUUUAGACAUGGGGAUCGAACUCCUGAUCAAUCAUCCUCAUACCCUAGCGACCCUUAUAAAGAUCAUGAUUAUUCACCAUAUGGACACGGGCAAUUAACAAAUCCUGGAAAAUUGCGGGCUUAUAAACUUGGGGAGUUUCUCCGUAACCGUUAUGGAUCGUUUUUGGGUAAUUUUUACGUCCCGGAACAUAUAGACGCGUGGGCUUCCGAUUUUGAUCGGACAAAAAUGACUUUGCAGUUAGUUUUGGCUGCGUUAUAUCCCCCGGAAGAUCAUCAAGUAUGGCAUCAAGACGUUAAAUGGCAACCAAUUCCUUAUAUAUCUCCACCAAGAGAUCGUGAUAACAUAUUUUUAGCAUUUAUGUGUAAUAAAAAAGCUUUGGAAGAAUACGAUAGGCAUGUUAAAGAAGUAAGACAAGAUAUUUUUAAACCAUACGAAGAUAUUAUUAAAUUCGUGGAAGAAAAAAGUAAUUUAAAAAUUACAAAUCCGAGGGUGAUGUUUGCGAUUGCUUGUACGUUGGGUACUCAAGAAGCAAUGGGGUUAGAAUUACCAGCGUGGACGAAAAGUAUUUGGCCCAAUGAUAUAGAAGAAGUUGCGAUGAAAGAAUUUGAUGUAUUAGUUUCAAAUCCGACUUUAAAAUCGUUAGUAAUCGGGAAUUUAUUUAAAAAAAUUAUUGAAGAUACUCAAAUGAAAAUAACUGGAAAAUCGAACCGAAAAAUUCACAUUUAUUCAGGACACGAUUUUACCGUUGGUUUAUUUUUGAGAGUUUUGGAUGUUUUUAAAUCACAUCACCCCGAUUUUUGCGCGGUUGUUGUUUUGGAGGUGCAUAAAGUUAAUGAUGAGUAUGGUUUAAAACUUGUUUAUCGUUCCAAAGAAAGUGAACCUUCGACGGAAUUAAUUAUUCCAGGGGUGCAACAUCCUAUUGUUCCUUUUCAAAAGUUUAGGGAAAUUGCUAAUGAUAUGUUAACUAAUAAAUUAAUCGCUAAAUAAGUUUUCUUGAGCAAUAAAAUGAUAAAUUAUUUGUUAUUGAAA